UCAAUCGUACCACAAAGAAGUACAGUCAUGGAAGAUCCCAGAGUUGCCGCAUUCAGAGCUUCCGAUCAGCAUUCCAAAGCUGUUGAAUUAAUCGAUAAAAUGGUCCUCCGAGGACUAGAUCUCGCUGUCCCUAACAAUAAGGAACUUUUGAACAAGUUUACAGAAGCGCAAAGUGCCAAUCAGGUUAUCAAUACGAUCGCCCUUGCUACCGGGUUGAUUUCAUUCGACGAUCUUGAAGGAAACGAGGACAGCUUGGAGACGGGAAAUAUCAAUUUGACAAAGCCAGGACACAAACGCACAUUGAAGAUACUCGUUGGGCAGCUUCCUGUUGGCGAUAGUCCCCCAUACCGAUUUGUUUUGAUACCACUUGCCUUGGGAACGCAACCGAAAAGACUUAGGCAAUCGAAAGUUUUAUCGCCGGAUGAAAAUAAAUGGGAUACGCACUUGACAUUACUGGUCAGGACUCAGACAAGUGCAGGUGAUAAUUGCUACAUAGAUAUGGCUGGACGCGUCUAUCUGAGUUUUCGGAAAUUUCUUCAAAAAAACAAAUUUCCACGGGCGGUGCUCUGCUAUCCGCCAGACGGAACUAUCGAACUGGAUGAUCAGGACCAUGUUAAACUCACCUACGCAGUGGUAGGUGAAGCACAAAACCGAAUGUUUAAAAUGAAUACUGCUGCUAUAAUUGGUGCAAUAUGCAUUCCGAAUGCGCCUAUCAUGACUUGUUUUGCGGCGUAUAGAUUAUUCCGCGCAGGAAGGGAUUUAGUUGACUGCUACGAACAUGGGACGCUAAAUCCUCUCAAGUUUCCGCGUACCAUAGGCCGCUGGGUAGAAUUGCUGAUGUGUUUAGGAUAUUUUAUUAACGGUGGUAUACAGCUUUUCGAUAGUUUUCAAGUGAUCGAUAUUACAGUAGGUGGAGUGAUCGGUGGUAUUACGGUACUCGAUCUGAUGAUCCAGGAGAACAGCUGGAGUAAAAUGGGGUUGGGUGAGAGGACGAAACUUUCAUUUUUCUUGUGUUUCAAAAACCGGAUGGCUCCAUCCUUGGAAAAUGGCGAAUGUGAACUGGAAUGCAUGAAAUUGAAGACCUUAUGUUCCACUUUUAAAAAGUAUGUGACAGGCACCUUCAAUAUCGAGAAUUUUAAAAAAUUGGUGUAUGACAUGUCACGCUCACCCGUUCAGUCGACCAUAGCUGCACUUUUGUUCCUUGUCAGGAAGCUGAUUGAAAAGAACGCAUCCAUUGAACUGUCGGAGGACUUUGCCACUAUUAAGAUCGGGGAUCGUAAACUGAUGUUCAAGAGGAUUGUACAACUCCCAAGUGAAGACAUUAGAAAAUUUGGAGAAUUAAUCGACCAACUAAACGGCGAUUUUAGCAACCUAAGUUCCAGGCUAGCCGAAUUGUUUGGAGAUGGAAAAGCAAUUCGUUUGCUAGCGUAAUAAAAACCCUGUGCCAUAUAAUAUCCGAUAUGCAAUACAAUUUUUGCAAAUACACUCAAUCAUAUUUUUACACACAAAAAAGUGCCCAUUUCGCGGUAAAGUAGGUUAACCCACUAAUGGCUGAAGAGCUUGUACUUCAAAUCAUGGGGGACUUUUUAUCCAUUUUCAAAAUUAAUUGUAUUGUGUAACAAUUUUUAAAAAUAUAUUAUUGCUAUUAAAUCUGAAAUUUGAAAUUUAUAUGGAAAAUACGGUUCGAACGACAACAUUUAUAUGGGCGAAUAAAUAAAAAUUACUGAUUACUGAGCUUGGUUUUUAUUGAACUUCAAUUGCAAUCAUUACAUUAAUCAUCAGAAUCGUUUUCGUCAGCAUUGAUGGAUUACUUAAAUGAUGAAACUAAACGAUUGACCAUCUGUCGGGUGCUGGUCGUUGUGAUUUGGUAACACAUGAUCUCGAUAAAAUCAAUAAUUUUCUGGGCUGCUGCUGGCGGACGAAUGUUGAAAACAGUGAACACUUGUGACGCGCCUGUAACAAGUGUAAGCGUUGCGUCCAAGAUUGGUGAGAUUAAUCGCGUGUAGUUUUCGUAUAUUUAGUUAUUAAAUUCUAAGAAAAUGUUUAAAUGUUCGUAAAAGGUAAAACGUCCCAGAAUCCUCACGAACGCAGCCAGUAGGAGACACUUCCCUAUAAACUGUAGAACAAUGCCACUAGCCACCACCAGAGCACGCUGUGUGUAGUCAUGAAUGGACGUCCAUAGGGGUGGCGUAAUCGGGCCAUUGCGUGGAGAAUUCGUGGCACGUACGACGGUUCAACGGUCACGGUUCGGGGUCAUCGUCCACCAAGAGGCACAGUCAGAAGCCUGGUGAUCAUUAUAGACUACGGUCACAUAGCGUUUGAUAGCGUUAAUAGUUUGAAGGUGAAAACUAAGUGCUAAAGUGAGCUAAGUUGGAAGUUGAAGUUGAAGAAGUUGUAGAGGAAGCUGCCACAUACCAUUGGACAGCCAGGACCUCGCGGUUUUACCGUAAUGCCAGUGAACUCAACGAAUUUUCCGGAGUAGACCACGCCAAUCGCCGAUAGUGUGUCCGAAUCGCAGUUCCAGAAUCUGAUCCCUCAGCUACAGUGUGCGCAACCAAUCCAGGCAAGUCAACUUACCCUUGUGGUUCGUUGAAACCUCGAGUCCGUCACCAUACUCGAGGAGCGCACGGGACAGGUAGAGGCGUCCACCCCUGGCCCAAGAAGGUGAUGCGGUACCAGAGGAAGGAGAGGAACGACGACGGCAGUGGCAGGUGAAGGGGCC